AUGUGGCCGUUCUCUGGUCAACCCCCCGCUGUGGAGGCGAAGCUUGCCGCUCGAGACGCAGCGCUCUCCACUGCAGGCGAGUUCUCGGAAACUGAGCAUCAGGCGUACUUGAACGCUACAGCCACCGAGAUCGUCAGCCGCAUAGGAAAGGGCGAAUGGACAGCCACACAGGUUCUCGAAGCGUACAUUGCGAGAGCCGCACAAGCCCAGAAGUUGACGCUUUGCCUCACCGAAGUGCUGUUCGAGCAAGCUCGCGCGGAGGCGAAGCAGUUGGAUGAGGACUUUGCGCAGACGAAGAAGCUGAAAGGACCUCUCCAUGGUGUUCCUGUCAGCUUGAAGGACAUGUUCCAGGUUUCUGGCGUCGAUAGUACUAUCGGAUAUACUUCCUGGAUCAACAGGCCUGCUAAGAGCGACGCCCUACUAGUGAGGCUGCUCAGAGAAGCUGGCGCUGUGCAAUUCGUCAAGACCAACGUGCCGCAGACAUUACUCGCAUUCGAGUGCAGCAAUCCGCUCUGGGGAAGGGCACUCAACCCCUGGAGCGCUGCUCAUACACCCGGCGGAUCGUCAGGCGGCGAGGGUGCACUACUGGCCAUGGACGGAUCAGCGUUGGGAGUUGGUACAGAUAUCGGUGGCAGCAUCAGAAUUCCGGCUCAUUACUGCGGUAUCUACGCGCUGAAGCCAGGCUGGGGAAGGUCUUCAACUGAAGGGACCACGAGUCCCAACCCCGGUUUCGAAGCUAUCAGAGCCGUUAAUGGUCCAAUGGGAAGAUCCGUGGAGGAUCUCAAGAUCGUGGCGCAGGUCCUGUUCGGGCAACGCAAUAGCAACUACUUCCCGGCUCCCGUUCCUUACCGCGAGAUUAGUCUGCCGAAGAAGCUGCGCUUUGGAUACUACACCUCAGAUCAUUUCAUCAAGGCAUCUCCUGUCUGUAGACGUGCCGUACUAGAGACGGUCGAAGCUUUGCGCGCGCAAGGGCAUGAAUGUGUUGGGUUCAAGCUCCCUGGACCUGGGUAUAGCGCUCUUUCUCUCUUCACAGCGAUCACCUCAGCAGACGGCUAUCAAGGACUGCUUCGACAUCUUGGACCUGAUCCGAAGGAGUCAGCCAUGUUCUUAAUCACUCUCGGUCCGAAGUUACCAGGCUUCUUACGAUGUCUAGCCGCCUGGGCUAUCAGCUUCUACGAUCCUAUCUUCGCGCAUCUGCUCACUCAGUCGCGGCACAAGACUGUCGGAGAGUUCAAUGACUAUGUUGCGCUGAAGCUGGAGUACGAACGCGAGUUCAGGAAGCUCGCUUGGGAGGAGCAAAAGUUUGACGCCAUCAUCGCCCCUGUACAGGCGAUUCCAGCAGUACCACAUCACGGCUGCGAUAACCUAUCGCCUUUGGCGGCAUCAACUGUGCAGUACAACAUCGUCGAUAGCCCCGUUGGCAUCGUACCCGUCACCCGCGUCGAUCCUGCGAAGGACGCUGUGACUGCGGAGUGGUUCACUGGCGAUGACCACGGCUCGAGGAUCUGGGAGGAUGCGCUGUAUGGGAAGAAGGCCGUGUAUGACCCGGUGAAGAUGCAGGGCCUUCCGGUGGGUGUCCAAGUAGUCGGCCUGCCAUGGGGAGAGGAAGCAGUUCUGGCCAUGAUGGAUGUGGUUGACAAGGCUCUUGGCCCUAGAGGGUUUGGGCCGGGAAGCUGGUCUCCAGGGGACCAGAAGUCGGGUUGA